UCGCUGUGUGCAGGCCGUUUGCCUUUGUCAUUUAACAAAAAAAAGCUGUGUUUCUUUUAAGUAUGUCUCAAAAGCCUAUAUUAUACUACGCACUCUUCAGCCCGCCAGCCAGGGCCUGCAUUCUUACAGCCAAAUUGAUUGGUUUGGAUGUGGAGCUCAGGGCCGUUGACUUUUCGAAAAAGGAGCAUUUGAGCGAGGAGUUCAUUAAACUUAAUCCGGAGCACCAAGUACCCGUUUUCGUGGACACCGAUGGUGAGGUGUAUGUGGACAGUCAUGCAAUCGUUUGCUUCAUGGUUGCCAAAUAUGGCAAAAACGAUCAGCUUUACGCGAAGGAUCUGAAGCGUCGCGCUCACAUAGAUCAUCGCCUGUACUACGAGAAUGGCGUGCUCUUUCCGGUGAUCAAGGACAUUGUGGCGCGCAAUCUUUACGGUGGCGAAUUGGAGUACAAUAUAUGCUCUGUCACAAUGUGCCAGAAUGCUUACGCUACGCUGGAGCACUUUCUGGAACAGGGCAGCUUUGUUGUGGGCAAUGAAUUGAGCGUGGCGGAUAUUUCCAUAAACACCACACUGAUCACUUUGGAUCUGAUGAUGCCCGUGGAUCGGGAGCGUUAUCCGAAAAUUGCGAAUUGGCUGCAGCGCAUGCAGCAGCUGUUGCCCGACUACGAGGAGAUCAACCUGAAGGGGGCUCAGGCGCUACAGCAGCGCAUUGAAAACCGCAUGGCCGAGAACAGUUCAGUAAAUAAAUGAUGAAUCUUGUUUUUGAUUCCAAAUUAACAAAAGUUAA